CAUAAGGUGGCAUACAGUACCUACCCGGAAGAUAAAUAAACCAGAAUUUGAGCAAAGCCAGCGAGAUUUUUAGCUGCCUAACGCCACCAUUACCGACUGAAGAUGGCGGCGUCAGGAACCGCAGCCCCCCGUUGCCUUGUCCAGUAUAUUGUAGUCCGGUCGGAUCUGGUCCAUACGUUGUCCUGGCCAUUGGGAGCUGUUAUAUCGCAAGCCUGCCAUGCUGCCACCGCCGCCAUUCAUCUUAACUACAACGAUCCAGACACGCAGGAGUACUUGGCAGAAUUGGACAGCAUGCACAAAGUGGUACUUCAGGCUCUGGACCAGGCCUCCCUGUCCAGCCUGUCUGAGACGCUGACAGAGAAGGGGGUUGCUCAUAAGCUGUGGAUCGAACAGCCAGAGAACGUCCCCACCUGCCUGGCCCUGAAGCCUUACCCUAAAGACACUGUACAUCCUCUGCUGCGCAAGUUUAAACUGUUCAAAUGACACAGAGGGACCCCUGUAACAUGCAUGUGGUGAAUGGAGUCUGGACCAUGGCUCCACACCAGUUAAGAUGUUACUUUUUGGGGGGGGGGUUGACCUGUGCAUCUCGGUGAGGAACCAUCAUUCAGUGUCUGUGCUUCAGAUUCAAAAGGAAAAAUCUCACUCUGAUAAGCAGUGUAUUAUCUGUCCUAGAGUAACAGGGAGAAUCACUCACUGAACCAUCCAUAAAAUGUCCAUUUAAAGAGUGGAUGUCUGUCCAUGUAAUUUGAUGUGGCCACAUAUCUUGUGAUUCAAUGAAAGGGUGAAUUGGUGACAGGUUAUGUAAGGUCUUUCUCUAGCUGCUGAUGAGUGGAAUCUCUUUACAAACAUAGUAGAUGCAAUAAAACAUUUUAAUGAUUCUAA